AAUUAAAAAUAAAACAAAUUAUUCAGCAAUUUCUGCUUCUGGAUGAAGAACAAGACCUUUCCCCAAGAAUGUUGCACAAGAGUGUUAUUUUCAAAGAGAGCAUGCUGCAGCUUGAUUGGGCAGUUGAGAUUGAUCAUGUGACUGCACGAUGGGAGAUAACUCUACCUGAAGUAGUGCGACGCAGAAGAAAGAGAGACAGCACCAGUGAUACCAGCCGUUUAUUACAUGAGAGUGAACUGGAACAUUAUUUUUCUUUGAAGAACAUUACGAUAACAGUCAAAAAGGGUGAGCUGUUGGCUGUUAUAGGAUCUGUGGGAUCGGGAAAGUCAUCUUUACUUUUAACAUUACUUGGAGAGUUGCCACACCAGCAGGGGCAGAUAACUCUGUUGGGCAAGGUGGGUUACUACUCUCAGCAGGCGUGGAUCUUCUCGGGCACGGUGCGGGACAACGUUGUGUUUGGGGGGGAGCUGGACGAGGCGAGAUAUACAGCCGUACUGGAGGCGUGUGCACUCAACAAGGAUAUCGAGUCGAUGACGAAUGGUGACCUGACUCUGGUGGGCGAGAGAGGACUCAUGUUGAGUGGCGGUCAGAAAGCAAGACUCUCUCUUGCCAGAGCUCUGUACAGGAAUGUUGAUAUUUAUCUCCUGGAUGACCCACUAAGUGCUGUUGACACAAAAGUAGGAAAACACAUCUUUAACAAAUGCUUGCUUCAAAUGCUGGCUGGGAAAACUCGAAUUGUUGUUACACAUCAACUGCAAUAUCUACAAAAAGUGGACAGAAUUGUUGUCUUAAGGGAGGGAACUCUUUAUGAUGUUGGAACCUACUCCGAGUUGACAUCUCGUGGUGUUGACAUCGCAACAUUCAUAAAGACGGAGGAGACACCCACAGAAGACACUGACACCAAUAUGGAUGUUGAUGACAUGUUGUUGCUGUCGAGCACGGCCGAAGAGCUCCAAGCGGAGGACAGCGAGACGGGAACGGUGGGUUGGUCCGUGUACUGGCAGUACUUCAAGGCGGGAUACGGAUAUUUUCUCAGCCCCGUGGUCAUUAUUUUCGUUAUAGGAGAGCGGAGUUUAAUGGUAGCAGCAGAUUGGAUGCUAGCUAAAUGGGCUGAAUCUGUGCAAUUCGUGCCAUCACAUCUACGAAAUGAAACGACACUACCUGUUUUAAACAAUGCUUCAGUAUUCCACAAUAAGUACCUUGCCACUACAUCGACCAUAUUGUCGGACCCAGGUGUCAAAGACUGGGCUCACAUGCCUCAAACCUUGCAAUAUUUUGUGAUAUUUGUGUGCGGAUUUGUCGUGUGUGCCACGGUGUUCAGUGUCACCCACUAUCAGCUGUGUGCCUUCGCCUCACAGCGACUUCAUGACAAGAUGUUCAAAUUUGUCCUUGGUGCCAAAACGCAGUUCUUCGAUUCUAAUCCUGUAGGAAGAAUUCUGAACCGGUUCUCACGAGAUUUGGGAUUUGUUGAUGAUCCUAUGACGAGAUGUUUGUAUGUUGUCAUUGAUUUCACUAUGCUGAUGUUUUCCACGACAGUGGUUGUGUGUAUGGUGUCGCCAUGGUUACUGAUUGCUGUCAUUCCUGUUGCCAUGUUUGUUAUAUUUAUUCGCUAUUUUGCAAUUCGGACUACAAGACAGAUCCGUCGAUUAGAAGCAGUGUCCAGAAGUCCGGUCUAUUCCCACGUAUCGGACACAAUUGGAGGUCUGCAGACGAUCCGAGCAUUUGGUAAACAGGACCAGUUCACGGAAAGUUUCGAUGGUUACCAGAACCACCACUCGAGCGCCUGGUUCCUCUACCUGGCGUCGUACCGCUGGUUCAGCAUCCGCUCCCUCUUCGCUGUCAUCGUCUUCUACAACAUCAUCAUCCAAGUGUGCCUCGUACUACGCAACAGUAUUUCCAGUGGACUCCUGGCCAUGAUUCUCAUUUACUCCAGCGCCUGGAUGGAGCCAUUUGAGUUUAUCAUGAGAAUGAGUGCCGAGCUGGAAAACUAUAUGACAUCCGUCCAGCGAAUCCUGUCUUACUCGAAGGUGGAGCAGGAGAAGAGUAAGCGCAGUGACAAACCCCCGCCACCGGACUGGCCCAUGCGGGGAUCGAUCACCUUCACUGACGUGAGUCUGCGAUACACCGACAACACACCCUGGGCUCUCAAACACAUCGACUUUCACAUCAAAAGCAAAGAAAAGAUUGGAGUGGUUGGCAGGACCGGAGCUGGUAAGAGUUCUCUCCUCGCGUCUCUGUUUCGCCUCGCUGAGCCGACGGGGAAGAUCUGGAUUGACGGGCUCGACGUCACUAAGAUCGGUCUGCAUGAACUGCGGGAGAAAAUAUCCAUCAUACCACAGGACCCCACUUUGUUUAGUGGGACUCUGAGAAAAAACCUGGAUCCCUUUGAUGAAUACAGGGAUGAAGAUAUGUGGUACGCUCUGGAACAGGUUCAGCUGAAGAAAACGAUUGAGCGAGCAUCGGGAAAGCUGUGCAUGGAAGUGUCAGAGUCAGGUCACAACUUUAGCGUCGGUCAGCGACAACUGAUCUGUCUCGCUCGGGCCAUUCUCCGCUACAACAAGAUUCUUAUUCUGGACGAGGCCACAGCAAAUGUUGACCAUCGAACUGAUGAGUUUAUCCAGAUGACCCUGCGCUCCAAGUUCCGAAGCUGUACAGUUCUUACUGUGGCGCAUCGACUAAACACAGUGAUGGACUGUGAUAGAAUAAUGGUGCUGGAUGAUGGUGAGCUCAAAGAGUUUGACAUUCCUUACAAUCUUCUACAAAUUAAAGAUGGUUACUUCUCCCAGCUGGUGGAGCAGACGGGAGGGCAGCAGGCUGCACACCUGCGCAUGCUGGCCCAGAUUGCCUUUGGGCAGCGUGCGUCUGCCAGCCUGUUGCUGGAGGAAGCUGUGAAAACAGCCACGCUGCAUUUACGGAACAGUCGCGAUGACCUCUCAAAGAGCAGGGAGAGUCUGAAAUCUAGUCAGGAACUUGUGAAAAAAAGUCUAGAUUGUUUAGAUUCCAUAGACAGAAAUACAUCGCAGCAAAGUCCACAGUAUUCAGAUCAGAGACAGAAAGAAAGAGGUGAUGAUAUACCAAAGAGAAAUGUUAGUCCAGGUUCUAAUGUCAAGAUGAAUUCACGGAGUCCAAAAUUCAGAGAUAGUGUUCCGAUAGAAAAUGUCAUUCCGCGGAAAUAUUAUCAUUCAGCAAUGGACAAAGGGAUCACGUCACAGUCUGUUACUGACAAUGGUAUCUCGUCUAGAAAAAGUGUCGAUACCAAUCCUCCAGUACUGGGCGACACUUCAAGGACUGUAUCAGCUGCAAAAGAUGGUGAUCAGUAUGAACCACCAUCGGCAGAUGGAGACCGUAAGACACCUGCUGCUUCUUCUCAUGAAAUAUCUCAAACAGAGCCAUUGCUUAGAGGCGAUUCAGAAGAGCGAACUGGUGGUAAUGAAGAACCUUCAGGUAACUCCAGUGCAGAAUUGCUUCCCAGAAAAUUUCCAUAUAAUCCAAGUCCACUGGCCCGCGACCAAAACUACCUGAAGAGAAUAUCCGGUGGACCAACUGGAAGAGGCGCGAGAUUUAUAACAGGGGUUUAUAAACCAUCAGCAAGGACAGAAAACGAGAGUUCAGAUGAAGACCCACUGAAGAUCAUUUACUGCUGAAGAUUAUUAUUAAUGUACUAGAUAUUUUUUCUUUUCGUUUUUUAUUUUACAUUUUUAAAAAUUUACAGAGAUCUCACACUCUAAGGGAUGGUGUACGAAAUAGAAGAUACUGCUGAAGAAUAAUCUCAUUAAUAUUCAGAAAAAAUAUUAACUGCUGAAUAGCAUUCUCAAUAAUAUUUGAAAGAUCAUUUACUGCUGAAGGUAUUAUUAAUAUUCAGAAGAUAAUUCACUGCUGAAGGGCAUCAUUUAUAGAAGUCAUUAAGAUCCAGAAGACAAUUUAUUGGUUGAGAGUAUUUUCAUUAAUAUUCAGAAGAUAGUUUACUAAUGAAGAGUGUUCUUAUAAAUAUUCAAAAUUAAUUCACUGCUGAAGUGUCCUCAUUAAUAUUCAAAAGAUACUUUGCUACGGAAGAGGGUACUUAUUAAUAUUCAAAAUUAAAUUUAAUUCACUGCUGGUGUCCUCAUUAAUAGUCAGAAAACAGUUUACUCCUGAAUAUUAUUCUAUUCACGAUAUACAUGUAUGUGCAUAAAAUUUCAAACAAUACAUUUGAGCUUUACUUUUUAUGUGUUUUAUAUGGCAUAAUUUGUACCUUACUCAAGUGCCAAGAUUUUAAGUUUAUUGCUCAAUUUUUGUUUAAGAAUGUAAACAAAUAGUGCUCAAUUAAUGCAAGAAAAUAUUACAUCAAAAUUUUUAACGUCUGCAAACGCAGAUGUUUUUUUUUUUUUAUGACCUGUUGAAACUAUACUGAUUACGAAAAACACUGAAUCUGUAAUAGAAAUACUAGCGUCAACCUUGUACUUAUAAUUUAAGUACAUGUACAAGGACAUGAAGCUGUUGAACAAUCUUGCAUGGCAUUAAACUGUCUGUAGUCACAACCGUGUAACCCAUUUCUCCAGGACUGGCUUGCGUGAGAAUUGACCUACCAGGGGCCUAGCUUCCAUAUACACAGGUACGCAGCUGCGUACCAUCUGAGAUUACAAAUAUUUUUUUUAUUAAAAUAUAUGAUGUAAAUGUGUGUAUGCUCUAUGUUUUAUUCUAUCAUCAAAAAAGUCUGCAUACCACCUGAAAAUCUCAAGCUAGGCUCCUACCUAAUAAAGUUAUGAAUGGUGUGAUUUGGGAACGCUAGCUAUAAUAAGCCAUUUUAAAUUCCAGCUUUAACUGAAAAUGAAUGCACUGAUAUUUCUGAUUUAUGUCAUCAUUUUCUAGUUAUUUACCAAAAACACAAGUAGCAAGUGUGAUCUGAUGACUGGUUUAAUAAAGUACAUUUCAGGGCAAAUUAAAUGUAUAUAUACCGGUACUGAUGUCCAAAAGAAACUUUAUAAGGUUGAAAACUGUAUUAUAGAAAAGUGGGAUAUCAGAGCUUCUAGAAUUUUUAUAGAAUCCACUGGCCAUGGGAUCAGUGAUUUUUUAAAUUUACUAGCCAUGAUUAAAAAUUCACUAGUCCUACUUUAUUUA